ACCUUUCUCAUUGAUUUCUGGCAUUGUAGUUCUUCUGCUUUCUCAAGUCACAUAUUACUUUCCCACCACGAUGGCUUACCACCACCACCAUGACCGCCAUCACCACCUCAAUAAAGAUGAAGAAAAACCUGUUGAUCAUAAGAAGGAAGAGAAGCACCACAAGCAUCGCGAGCACCUAGGUCGGCUUGGUGCUGUUGCUGCUGGAGCUUAUGCCUUGCAUGAAAAGCAUAAGGCAAAGAAAGAUCCAGAGCAUGCCCACAAGCACAAGAUAAAGGAGGAGAUUGCAGCAGCAGUUGCAGUAGGAGCCGGUGGGUACGCGUUCCAUGAGCAUCAUAAGAAGAAAGAAGCAAAGAAAGAAAAGAAGGCUCAGGGAAAGAAGCACCACCAUCUCUUUUAAGAGUCUAUAAAAUAUUUAUAUAUGUUUUGUUUUAUUCAGAAUAUUUGAGACGUACAUGUUAAUCGUCAAUAAGCGACUACCCCAAAUAAUAUUAUUAGGAAUGAAUAAUGAGUUUAUGAAACUCUUCUAGAUGGGGUAUAUUCUUUUCAAAGUAGAUUUUAUCUAGUACUCUUGUAAUCUGAGAACUUUUCCUUAUUUAUUUAUUUUUAUAUAAUUGAAAGAUCUUUCUAUAUUUGAA